CUAUCUUGAGAUAUUUUUCUUUUUUAGUGUCCCACUUAGCUAUCUUCAGACAUUUCCUUAUUUGGCAAAAGUUUUACCAUUUAUUCAUAUUUUUAUUUUUUCACCAACACACAAAAUGCUACUUUCUUAAUUCACGUGUCCAAAAAAAAGUCUCAAGAUAGCCGGGGCAGAGGAGUACUAUGAUAAAAGUUUGUUUCAAAAACCUCUAGAUUAUCAAAAUUCAGUUGAUCUAUUAUUAGAAUGCAAAGAUCCAUAAAUCAUAUGAACUUUUAUUCAAGAAAUUCUCAAGGAAAAAAAAAGGAAUUUAAGAAACUUUACAUCUUUUUUAAUUACUUUAAUUUUUAGUUCAAAUUUUACGAUGAGCCAUUAAUAUGUACGUACAAUGUCAAUUAUAAUGAAUAUGUAUCAACCAUUUUUUAAAAUAAAAUUUUAUAUAUAAAAAAAAAGAAAAAUAAAAAAAUUUAACAACCCUUUAAAAUGUAGAACUCAAACAAAGAGUCGAGCCUCAUCAAAACUUCAUCUGGGAAAACUGUACGAUGAAUAGAUCUGCCAUUAAUGCAUAGUAAUGUGUGUGUUGGUCAAAUAUAACAUAGAUAUAUUUAUCGAGACAAGAUUAGAUAAAAUCUUCCACUCACGUAAAAUCUCUUGUUUAUUUUGAUGGAUUGAAAUUCUAAUUAUGAUAUCUCAAAAUUUUUGAUUAUUUUAUUAUUUAAGCUAAUUUUGCUUCAUUCUUAUCCUAUUAAAAUAAUGAGAUUGGAGAAAUCUUAACUUUAAAGAUAAAAAUACUCAAUAAUGCAUCUUAUCAAUCAUGUAAAAUAAACGCGUCUUAUAUGUAUUAUCAAUAUCUCAAUAUCAAACAAUAAAAUGUAAAAUAAAGAUGAAGUUAUACAAUACUUCAUUCAUCCAUGAAAGAUUUUUUUUUUUUUUUCGAGAUGUCCACAAAAAAAAACUUGUACCUAUUUGGAUUAUCACCCAUCACUUAUAAAUACUUGAGUUAUCUUUAUUUUUCACUUUUACACCACUUUUAAUAUUAGUACAAUACAUCAUAAUACACUGAAUGUAGACGGAGGGAGUAUAUGGAGAUACAAAAAUUCAACUUACAGCAAACAUUUCCCAUUUGUGUCAGCAUCAAAAACCGCCUUUCCACUAAUAAUUAAUAUUAAUUUGUUGUGUCCCCUCCCCGACCCCGAUAGCUUAAAAAGCCCAAGAAAUUGCGAUUCCAUUUAGUAUUUGCGAUGAAAGAUCAAGAAAGGGUGGUACCGAUCGCGAACGUGAGCCGGAUCAUGAAGAAAUCCCUCCCUCCUAACGCCAAGAUCUCAAAGGAAGCGAAACAAACAGUGCAGGAAUGCGUGUCGGAGUUCAUAAGCUUCGUGACGGGGGAGGCCUCUGAUAAAUGCCAGAGGGAGAAGAGGAAGACCAUCAAUGGCGAUGAUCUGCUGUGGGCCAUGACAACUCUUGGAUUCCAGAACUAUGUUGACCCCCUUAAGGAUUAUCUCACCACUUACAGAGACACUUCUUCUCCUAUUCAUGAUAAGACCAAGAUUGCUACUGCAAACCCUAGUUUUUUGCAGGGUUUUACCAGUGAUGCUGGAGGAGUCGUUAUCGAAUUCGCCACUUCAUCAUGGUGUUGAGUGGUAAGAAAUUAACAUUAUAUUCAUUCAGAUGAACAAAAAGAAAUUACCUCUUCACUGUGUUUUAAUUGAUGUGAUUUGAUUUAAGUACCAGGUAAACAAUUCAAUAUGUACGUAUAUCAUUAGCUUGCUCGAUCUCAUGUCCCAUAAUUAUUUACUUAUUAAUAUCGUUGCUUCUUUUUUAUUUGAAA